AUGGAGCAACUGAAUCAGUAUCAGUUCUACCAGGAACUCCACACUCACCAGUACCAGCUGUGCAACACCAUCUCCGUGGGCAACCCGGAAAUGAAAAUAGCGAUGUACCUCGAUGACUGGCUAGUGCCAGUCUCCAGAUCAGAAUGCUCGCCCUCCAGACCAACCCUGACACAGCCUCCUGGUACAAACAUAAUGAUAGAUGACCACAAGCUCUCCUCAUCCACCCUGAUGAGUUCUCUCAGUAUGUCAACAGAGAGCUCCUUCCAGCUCUCCUCUUCACUGGAGAACUGGGGAAUGUCCAACUAA